CUGAGGAGAGUUCUGCUCUUUUUCUCCCCCCUCUGCCCCUCCCACUUCGAAACCGGCAUCUGAGGUAGCAGCCAGUAGCCGCGCGCGGACAGCGGCUGCUCUGCAGUAGCGGCAAGCGGCUCGGCGCGCGCGCCUACCUCAGGCGAAGGAGGGGAGGCGCGAGAGACCCUUUCGAACGUUGCGGGGAGCAGCCGCGGGGCGCGCGCCUCAGGAUCCUAUAGGGAAUGUGUAUUCUCUCAUACCACGAGAGGGGUGAUAAUUCUUUGCCCAUCAAAUGGUUAUCUUCUCAAACCAGAAUCUCUGAAAAACCACCAGGACUCUGUGGAGAAAAUGUGCAGCCUUUACAUUGACAACAUCUUAAGGAAUAACUGUACCGUCUGUUUUUAAAUUCUUGUGCCGGAACACUGUGAAAUUUUCUUUUCCUUGCUUCAGAAUAUGAAACCUCUUUAAUCAUUGUUUCUGUGCCAGAAUCAUAAGUGACGUUUCCAGUGAAGAGUAUGUUGUUUCUUCUCAUGGUACACUGGAAGCAAGUGGAUUAUAUUCUUUCUCUCAGCUGAGACUCUCUGGCCUUUUCAUGCUCUUCGAAGAUCUUUGCACUGAGAUUUUCCGAUUUGGAAAGAAAUUACCUCUAUGCAUUUUGCUGUGCCAAAAAUAAUAUACACCUAAGAAAUAGAUGCUUUCACCCCAAUAUGUGAGAGUUUCUUAUGGGCAUACAUUAGUACCAGGAACUUGUCGUAUGGCCCUUUGGCAGAUAAAGAUGACAACCAUCUUUCAUUUGGAUGUUUAGGCUACCUCGAGGAACAUACAACUGUGACAUGUUAGCCUGAUAAACCAAUCUUUGAACCAAUUGUCUAUGAAAUAUUACUGUGCAAAAUCAUGUGGUAUCCUCAUUGUUGGCCAUGUUUAUGGAAAAUACACUUUGGAUGUCUAGAAUCCGCGUUGUACCAGAUCAGUUUGUGAAUCAAUGCUAGAUAUGAAUCUUACUCUUAAGAGAACCUUUGGAAACACUCUUGGCUUUUGUGUCCCCUUGAUUGGUGGUCUUAUUUCUUAUCACAUCAAGCAAACUCUUCCGUAAUAUUAUCAAGGAAGUAAUUAUUUUGGCCUUCCGUUCCAACUGCCAGGAUGGCUUCUGUCCGGUUCAUGGUUACCCCCACUAAAAUUGAUGAUAUCCCAGGCUUAUCUGACACCAGCCCCGACCUCAGCUCUCGUUCUAGCUCCCGUGUCCGUUUCAGUUCCCGCGAAAGUGUUCCUGAAACAAGUCGCAGUGAGGGCAUCAGUGACUUUUCCAGAGCGACGACAUCUCUGGCCACUGAAGCAGCUGAGCCUGCUACUGAGAGGACGACCAAUCCCCACACCAAUGGGGCUGAAGAUGUGAGUCAAACCUCCAUCACAGGGGAACAGUAUCAGCUCUUAGAUCCUGGGCAUAAGAAGGAUCCCCAUAUCUAUCUCAACAAUACCAACUAUGAAGAUGGCGAUGAAUUCUUUGACAAGAAUUUGGCACUCUUCGAGGAGGAGAUGGACACCCGGCCCAAGGUGUCCUCCCUGCUCAACCGUAUGGCCAACUACACCAACCUAACACAGGGGGCCCGGGAGCACGAGGAGGCUGAGAACAUCCCCCCAGGCAAGAAGAAGCCUACUAAGACGCCGCAGAUGGGCACCUUCAUGGGCGUCUACCUGCCCUGCCUGCAGAACAUCUUUGGGGUGAUCCUGUUCCUGCGUCUCACCUGGGUGGUGGGAACAGCUGGCGUACUGCAAGCCUUUGCCAUUGUCCUCGUCUGUUGUUGCUGUACAAUGCUGACAGCCAUCUCCAUGAGUGCCAUUGCUACCAAUGGGGUUGUGCCUGCUGGAGGCUCAUACUUCAUGAUCUCACGAGCCUUGGGGCCUGAGUUUGGAGGGGCUGUAGGUCUGUGCUUCUACCUGGGCACCACUUUUGCUGCCGCGAUGUACAUCUUGGGAGCCAUCGAAAUCUUCCUGAUGUACAUUGCCCCUGAGGCAGCCAUCUUCCACAGUGAGGAUCCUCUGAAGGAACCAGCAGCCAUGCUGAACAACAUGCGAGUGUACGGUUCGGCCUUCCUGGUGCUCAUGGUGCUAGUGGUGUUUGUGGGUGUGCGCUACGUGAACAAGUUUGCCUCUCUCUUCCUCGCCUGCGUCAUCGUUUCCAUCCUGGCCAUCUAUGCUGGAGCCAUCAAGUCCUCCUUCGCACCUCCCAGUUUCACCGUGUGCAUGCUUGGGAACCGCACCCUCUCCCAGCACCACAUUGAUGUCUGCGCGAAGACUGUGGAGCGUGACAACAUCACCAUGACCACUCGCCUCUGGAGCUUUUUCUGCAAUUCCAGUGAGCGCCUCAACGCCUCCUGCGAUGAGUACUUCCACCACAACAACAUCACUGUGAUCCAGGGCAUCCCAGGGUUGGCCAGCGGCAUCAUUACCGAAAACCUGUGGAGCACUUACCUGAUGAAAGGCGAGAUCAUCGAGAAGCCGUCCUUGCACUCGGCAGAUGUGGUGGGAGCCCUGAACCCACAGUAUGUGCUGGGCGAUAUCACCACUUCUUUCACCCUUCUUGUGGGCAUCUUUUUCCCCUCGGUCACUGGGAUCAUGGCUGGAUCCAAUCGUUCCGGGGACUUAAAGGAUGCCCAGAAAUCUAUCCCUAUUGGUACCAUCCUGGCCAUUCUCACCACUUCCUUUGUGUAUCUCAGCAACGUGGUACUAUUUGGGGCUUGUGUUGAUGGUGUUGUUCUCAGAGACAAGUUUGGCGAUGCGGUUCACGGGAACCUGGUGGUGGGGACGCUCUCCUGGCCCUCUCCUUGGGUCAUCGUCAUCGGUUCUUUCUUCUCCACGUGUGGGGCUGGGCUACAGAGCCUCACUGGUGCACCCAGACUGCUGCAGGCCAUAGCAAAGGACAACAUUAUCCCAUUCCUGCGGGUGUUUGGCCACGGCAAAGCCAACGGGGAGCCCACCUGGGCCUUGCUGCUGACGGCAGGCAUUGCAGAACUGGGGAUCCUGAUUGCCUCUUUGGACAUGGUUGCCCCCAUUCUUUCCAUGUUUUUCCUGAUGUGUUACCUCUUCGUCAACCUAGCCUGCGCCUUACAAACCCUACUGCGCACUCCCAACUGGAGACCACGCUUUCGGUAUUACCACUGGGCACUUUCCUUCAUGGGCAUGAGUAUCUGUGUGGCACUUAUGUUCAUCUCCUCUUGGUAUUACGCCAUCAUUGCUAUGGUAAUAGCUGGAAUGAUCUACAAGUACAUCGAGUACCAGGGAGCCGAGAAGGAAUGGGGGGACGGCAUCCGAGGCCUGUCCCUGAGCGCAGCCCGCUUCGCCCUGCUGCGCCUCGAGGAGGGGCCACCCCACACCAAGAACUGGAGGCCGCAGCUGCUGGUGCUGCUGAAGCUGGACGAGGACCUGCAUGUGAAACACCCGCGCCUGCUCACUUUCGCCUCCCAGCUGAAAGCUGGCAAGGGCCUCACCAUUGUAGGUUCGGUCAUGGUGGGCAACUUCCUGGAGUGCUAUAGUGACGCGCUGGCUGCUGAGCAGACCAUCAAGCACCUGAUGGAGUCGGAGCGGGUGAAGGGCUUCUGCCAGAUGGUGGUGGCUGCCAAGGUGCGAGAGGGCACCUCCCACCUCAUUCAGUCAUGCGGGCUGGGUGGUAUGAAGCACAACACUGUGGUGAUGGGCUGGCCCAAUGCCUGGCGCCAGAGCGAGGACGCCCGUUCUUGGAAGACCUUCAUCGGCACCGUGCGAGUGACCACUGCUGCCCACUUAGCCCUGCUGGUGGCAAAGAACGUGGCCUUUUUCCCCAGCAAUACAGAACCCUUCCUUGAGGGCUACAUCGACGUCUGGUGGAUCGUGCACGACGGCGGGAUGCUCAUGCUGCUCCCGUUCCUCCUCAAGCAGCACAAGGUGUGGCGGAAAUGCAACAUCCGCAUCUUCACUGUAGCCCAGCUGGAGGACAACAGCAUCCAGAUGAAGAAGGACCUGGCUACCUUUCUGUACCACUUGCGCAUUGAGGCCGAGGUGGAGGUGGUGGAAAUGCACGACAGCGACAUCUCUGCCUACACAUACGAGCGCACCCUCAUGAUGGAGCAGCGUUCCCAGAUGCUGAGGCAAAUGCGCCUCUCUAAGACCGAGAGGGACCGAGAGGCCCAGCUGGUGAAGGACAGGAACUCCAUGCUGCGGUUGACGAGCAUCGGCUCAGAUGACGACGAGGAGACAGAGACUUACCAAGAAAAGGUGCACAUGACCUGGACCAAGGACAAGUACAUGGCAUCCCGCAUGCAGAAGCACAAGACUCUGGAGGGCUUCCAGGACCUGCUGAACAUGCGGCCGGAUCAGUCCAAUGUGCGGCGCAUGCACACGGCGGUGAAGCUGAACGAAGUCAUCGUCAACAAGUCCCACGAGGCCAAGCUGGUGCUGCUGAACAUGCCAGGCCCGCCCCGUAACCCGGAAGGAGAUGAGAACUAUAUGGAGUUUCUGGAGGUCCUGACGGAGGGGCUGGAACGUGUGCUACUCGUGCGAGGUGGCGGCAGUGAGGUCAUCACCAUCUACUCUUAGGGGCGCCAGAAGGGCUCCCUGUUGAGGGACAUUUUUGACCAACCAUCAUCUGCAUUCUGCCUGUCACCACCUGCCACUGUCUCCCAAGGAGAGCCGCUAUCAGUGCCCCCCCCCCCCUUGCUGCCACUUUCCUGGGGCUGGCUGGCUUUCCCUUCUGGGAGAAUGGAAGGCAGAAAUUUCCCCUUAUCUGUAAAGGAAGAGAAACCUGCUAGGAACAGAAGCACAGACCGGGAGUGAAAAACUGAUUUUAUUGAGAUGGGGGGAUAGCUCCGGGUAGAAUUUAGUCUCCUCGUCCCUUACCCCGUGUAGGGGACAGGAAGGCAAGUGCGGUUUUGGAGUAGGAGGGGUCAAAAGGAGUAAAAAUCAAGUUGGAUUUCCUCCUCCCUUUUUUCAGUUGCUGCUGCCCUCUGCUGGCCAUUAUGAGAAUUGAGCAAUAAGCCUUUCUAGUUCAACAUGGUUUGGAGGAAGCGACCGGACUGUUUCCAUGUUGGAAAGACAUUGGGUGGCUGGUGCCACUACAGAAUGGGGUGGGGAGGUGAUGCUACUGGGAGGGAGAUGCAGCGCCCCCUGUGCCAUUCCCUCCUCCUAGCCAGUGCCAACGUCUUCCUGCCUUUGACAUCAAAGCAGGGAGGACAUUUGGAAGGACGGCCUGAGCUUGUACAGUAUUUAAUCCUCUUCCCUGCACUCUCGUGGCAUCUUGCAGUCCCAGAUUCACCGUUUGCCAAGGAGAGAGGCAACUGUUUGCCCUCUAAAUCAGGCUGGAGGUGGCAUAUUGAUGAGAGAAUAGAUGCAGCCGCCCUGCCCCUUCCUCCCUGUACGACUCUGGCAGUCCUAUCCGGCCAAGGCAGGCAGGCCUUUUUUCCUACUUGCUGCCUGCAGGAGUUUUGCAGUGUGCUCUGUUGUUGAAGAGGCUGCAACAGCUUUUGGCUGCGAGUUGGCAAAGGCAGACUGCAGGCAGGGUAGCAAAGCGGCUUUGGCAACAGCUCCCUGCUUCCUACUGCAGUCUUACGUUCUGGAGCUGCCACCACUUCCCUCCCCCAGACUUGGCUGCGAGGAGAUGAUCAGAACUCUGUCUAUGCCAAACAAGAGUGAGCUUUUUUAAUAACAGGCAUGUCCGUUGCAAAGACCCACCCUGUGCUGUAUUGCGAACAUCGGAAAAGCACCCCCACCCCAAAGAUGGGAAAGGAGCCUCUCUGCCUGUCACCCUACCCACUUGCAAUGAUGGAUAUCGAAUUCUCCUCCACGCACCCCUGGCUCAGUAGCAGUGCGCAGGGACCACUCCCCUUGGGGUAGCCUUAAAACAGACACGUCUCCAGACUCUCCAGUCUUUAUUUUGAAAGGGAAUCUCACACAGUCGUUGCGAGAGGCUUUUUAAUUUAUUGGCAACACGGUCUUGUUUACAUAGCAUCAAGUUUUAGUGUGUGUGGAUUUUCCUUUUGUUUUUUUGGCUUCUGAAUUAUGUAAGUAAUAAACUUUUUUAUAUAUUAUUUUGUCUGUUAGCUGUCUGUUUGCUAGCAAAAGUUUCUAAGCAAUCCACUUGCCCUGUAACAUAAAUGCACACGAUACAGCCUAAGCCUUUUCAUUAUUGUAAUGAAUUCAUAAGCGGCAAUGAGCAUGUUGUAUGUUUUUUAAAAAUUCAAUAUGCAUACGGCAGUAAACCAGUUGCUGUGAUUCAUGAAUGUUAAUCACAGGAUGACGCUGGCAGCAAUAGAGGACUCACGCAU